GCAAUCGCAAUGGCCCCGAUGUGUUUAGUUCUCGUCGUGACUCGAAGCCAGUGCCAGCUGUGUCCAACGAAGCGCGACGCCCAUCUAAGUUGCGGCUUCUCCAGCUUCGCCGGGCUUGGACACACCUUUGUUCGUGCACUGCACCGGUCACCACGCAGCCCUAUUUGUGCUGGCAGUGCUAAUCUACAAUUCAAAAGCAAGGAGCAAUGCGUGGCAAGCAAGUUGUUGCCGGUUGUUUUAUCGUCAUCGUCACCAUAGUUCUUCCAUCCGUGACAUCCACAUUGCCUGAAAGAAAGAGCUACCUCUCUCCGUUUCAAGAUGUUUGGAAGACCUUUCUUCAGCAGUCCGUUUUCGUGCUGUACCAAAGAUCGUUUGAACGGGACCUCCUUGUCGGAGGGGACUGGCCAGUGCUUUCAUGGGAGGAACUACCAAGUGAAUCAUGAAGAAAAGUACGCGCUUGCCGAGACAUAUUACUGGGACAACGCAACGGCGAAAGUCAUAAACCAGAAUGUGUACUUAUUCCCUGAAACAACUGAAGGAUCUGAGGUGCCCAAUGCAAUGGCUGUCUCUCCCUACAAAGACAAGCUUGUAUCCGUCUACUAUCCAUUCGUGGUCUCAGAAUAUGACAACUGUGACAUACUCCGUUCUCCAAGGCAUGACAAUGGCUGCGAGCUCUGGGUCACUCUGCAGGGGGCGCGCAACGUCAGCAGUGCCUGCCUCUUCAUCUUCGAUCUCUUAUGCGGUCCCAACAAAUUUCAAAUGUACGACGAAGAAUUCUGCAGAGAUAAAAUUCAAAUUAGAUAAUAAAUGUGCAAGGUCUC